ACCCGUGUUUAAAAAAAUGUCCAAAGGUCAUAAAACGUCCCAGAGACAGAAUGGACAUCUCAGCGGUGAACGCUCUCCCUUAUGAAGAUUUUGUGAAUCUUUUUGGAAACGUGGUGGAGAAGUGUCCACUUGUAGCCGCCGCUGUGUGGACCAAGCGUCCCUUUGUGAGCUUAAGUUUGUUAGAGGCAGCCAUUAAUGAGUUUAUCGAUGCUCUUCCAGAAGCGGGUAAAGAGGGGAUCCUCAGGUGUCACCCGGACCUUGCAGGCAGGGACCUCCAGAGCGGAACGUUGUCCCCGGACUCGCGCGAGGAGCAGGCGCGUGCCGGAAUGGACGCGCUGAGCUCGGCGGAAGCCUCGCGCGUGGCACGGCUUAACGAGGAGUACAAGCAGCGGUUCGGGUUCCCGUUUGUCAUCUGCGUCCGGUUGAACGACAAGGCGAACAUCGUGCGCGAGCUGUCCGAGCGUUGCCUCAACACGCGCGCGGCAGAGAGCGCGCGUGGCAUCGAGGAGGUAAAGAAGAUCCUCCGCCUGCGUCUCCAGGCUCUCGUGCUUCCCGAUGCUCCACAUAAAUUAUAAAUCUGAAGUUUAUACAGCUGGUGUCAAAGUUACACUUUGUGAUAAAUUCUUUGAUUUUAUUAAUAAUAAAUGUGUGUCAUUGAACCAAUUAUUAAUAAAACAUUUACAACAGAGUGAAA